CUAUCUCUCAUUUUUAAUAUAAACAACAAAGAAAGAAGUGACAAAGAAGAAGAAGAAGAAGAAUGGCAUCGGUUUGCAUAGCGAACUGCAUCAACGACGCGCGUGUUCCGAUGAGAGCAACCUAUGUCAACCUCUACAAGUGGCCGGAAUCGGAUGCAGAGUUUGUGAGAUCAGUGAGCAGCAAUGGAAGAAAGGGUGGUGCUGCUGCUUCUUCUUCUUCUUCUUCUUCUUCUUCUUCUUCUUCCUCGCAAGUGCGACACGGACACCCGAGGGUGGUGGACAGCAUCUCAUGCAGGCAGAUAUACCUGAGGAGCUACAAGUUUUCGAGGGAAGAAGACAAUCAAGACGAGAGUUCGCAGAAAUGCUUUGGGAAGAAGAAGAAACAGAAGAAUGAGUUGUAUAAAGAUGAGUGUGAUGAAAAGAGGAAGAAGUGUUUGGUUUGGAAGAAGGCUAAGGACAUUUCUUGCUCUGCUCUGUUUAAGAUUUUUCAAAGCUGCUUGUCUUGCUCUGCUAGUGUAGAUGUUAUGGAUGCAACAUCUUGAAUUUAUUUUCUCACUUUUUAUUUUAUUAAUUCGGUUUGCUCCUCUUCAACUGGGUUUUGCGUUCUAAUUAUUAUUAUUAAAUUUUUGGGUUAUAAAUAUCUAUGUAUGUAUUUAUGAUCUAGAGAUAAGGAGUUCUAUGUUAUUAAUCAAAUUUCGGUUUCAAGUGUGGAUGUAAGGGAUGCAAUGUAUGGAACUAUAAUAAUCAUGGUUAA